CAAGUGCAUCCACCAGCCGCUCCAAAAUGAACACCCUUUUCGCACUGCUCCUGGUUGUUGUGGUGGCCGCCAGCGCCGCACCGGCACCCGCCGACAGCGAUGCGCAGGCCGCGAUCGUGAGCCAAUCCUCGGACGUGCAGCCAGACGGUUCCUUCAACUAUGCGUACGAAUCGGCGAACGGAAUCAAGGUUGAAGACCAAGGAACUAUCAAGUCAAUCAAGGUGCCGAAGCUGGACGAAACCGGGCGCCAGAUCGGCGAAGACGAAGUGCAGGUGUCCGUGCAAACCGGCUCGUUCCAGUACACGGCCCCGGACGGACAAAUCUACACGCUUAGAUACAUCGCCGACGAGAACGGUUUCCAGCCGCAGGCAGAUCACCUUCCGGUGGCACCGAGUGCGUAACAGCCGACCCGUCACAUGACCCUCCCAUCUUCCGUCUAGUCUCCAGGGCGAUGAUGCGCUCCCUACUACCUUCAGGAUACUCCGACAGCCCGAUUGUG